GCGUGAAUGGAAGCUAGUGGGGUUAGCUUAGCUUUAGCAGAGCAUGGUAGUGCGGCUGCGUGAGGUUGUGUUUACACCGCGUUUGUUGCUUUGCCGCUUGUUUAUGCAAACGAGUGUGUUACCAUGCCCGUUCUGAGUGAAACAAGGACGAGCGGCGCCUUUAUUCUUGCUCUAUUAACUGUCAACAAGCAACACACUUCUGGCCUUCAAAAUAAGAGCGCUGAUCGCCACUUAAUAUAUCAUUUUGUAAACGACAUAAGGGUGGCAUGAAAACAAUUUUUGCUUAAUAGUACAAUUGGAAUUGCAUUGGUGACAAAGUCUCCCUUAACCACAAUCACGGGCAUUAGUUUGUUGAGGAUUUGCACACAUUGCUACACGUGUGCAUUAGCUGACGUCCCAUUAGAAAAGUUAGCAAAGCUGCAUCCCUUUCUAAAAUACCGGGCACAUGCUUGAUUCAAAGUCCUUAGAAAAAGUCAAAGACAGAAAGACCUGAUCCUCUUGUGUACCUUCAGCUCCUGCACGGUCUCCAUGUUCCUCCUCUUCCUCUGCAUAUAGGCAUCGAUGGACUCCAUCUUGUUAAAAUGGGCCUGGUGGAGCUUUUUGAAGUCUGCACAACGUUUAGAACAGUGGUGUCAAACCCGUGCCACGCAGUGACGAGACGCUGCAGGUUUUCUUUCCAGGUGAUUUGAGCGAUCAACAACUCCUUCAAUUGGCAGGACGGAGGUCAUCCGCUCAAUCACCUGCUGGAGAAACGCGUUGGAGAGAAAACCCGCCGGGUCUCAGCCCUCCGCCGACACACAUGCUUUAGAAAAAUGGAACGUAGACUUGCGUGACGGGACAGGAGCAGACGUGGAAGGAAUGGGGGACCUACUGGGAGUGACGGGUUUCAAGGGCCUCCUCUUCGUCGGGUCCCCUUUCAAACGAGGGAUCUUACCAGCCUUGGAAGGCGGGUGGCGGCGGAACUAAAAGGACAAUUCAGCAACAACAAAUAGGAUUGGAACGAGCGGUCCCCACGGUUGCGUCGCGGGUUGCGCCGCAUGGUUGCUGACCUCCUUGGUGGUUGGUGUCCUGCUGCAGUUGGCCAUCUGUGUCCGUCAGCACAACAACACGCUCGCUCUCUGCCGCCUCCGUCUUGGUGGGGGAAGACACUCGUCUCCUCUUGUGGACAUGCUGGGGUGGACUGGCUGAGGCCACUUCACUGACCCCCUUAGAGGGAUAACAGGAAUACGACAUACACUUCCGGUUUCCUUCCCGGACUCCGUGCACAGACGACAUGGAGUUUAACGAGUCUGUCCUAGCAGAACGCACCGGCCAAGAUAAGACGGUCGGCGAGAAGGAGCGCAGACGAUGGACGAGCUUCCAUUGCAAACAUUGUAACACGGUGCUGGGGGACUCCCUCGCUGUGUGCGGAGAGUUCCCGUGCUUGGACGCCAUCUUGAGUCUCCGAGUCACCAGUGAUGUGCUGCUUAGUAGUGACAUGGAGUGUGGACAUAAAGGAGACAUGGCUCACUGCAUCUUCAGCAGCGUGAGGUGCGGCGAGUGUGGCGUCACGGUGGGCAAGGUCAUCCACGCUGCUCCUCCUCGCUUGGCGAUGCUGCGCUCCUUGUUUCUGCUCCACAAAGCUAGCAUCAGAUGUUACACGCUGGGCAGUAGCUCCAUGGUGAGAGCAUCGUCCAUCUCUUUUGACCUGAUGCCUCUCGGCGAUGAGCUCAGCAAGGUAGAAGAUGGCAUCGGCAGCCGUGCCAAAGCCGCAUGCAUCACUUUACGUUUCUCGUCUCGUCUGCAGCUGAGGAAGCAGUUUGAGGCCGACUUUGAUCACGUGACUCAAAUCAAAAGCUGCCUGGAGGACAACGCCAACGUCAGCCGCCGGUAGAGCGCCACCGCUGCCCCUUGUUUGUCUUUUAUUCCUGUUUUCAUUCAGUCAUCGUUGCUAGCAACACUCGCAUAGCUAGCUGUGUGUGCUCGAGCGCUAACACGGUGCUCACUGAAGAGCAGUUCAACAUCAUCAGCGCCGUUGCUGAAGAAAAAGUCAUUGACCAAACCGACGCCUCCCACGUCUGCAGCAGACAGACGGGCAGUUGGCAGAGCUUUACGUUAGGAUGUGUAGCGAAGCCUGCUGUUUAUAAAGUGGUGGGCACAUACACCAGGGAGACUCAUGGAGGUGGGGGCGGGCCAGAGCCGCUACCACGUCCGUGACGGACGAGGAGAGUUCACUCUGUGCAUGGCUUUCAGGACCAUGGUGCAUUUUUUUCCAUGGAACAGCGGCACGAGCAGAGUGAGCCCUGUCGUCACACAGAGCGCACAAGAGUGCAGCCUCCUUAGGAGCAAUGCAAGGCUAGCACAAGUCCUACAUUUACAACUUUUUCCUCUCAUGAAUUAAAUUUUUUGUUCCUCAGAAAUUAACGAGAAAAAAAUUGUAAUAUCACCUUUGACCAAGGCCAAAGGUCACAUAAGUCCCCCGUUUUCAUGGCAGUCUCAGGCAUGAGAGUAUUAAAACAAUCUUGAGAUUUCGAACAUAAAGCUGUAAAUGUACGAGAAUAAAAGUAACUUUACGUAACAGGCAUUGCCUGAGACAGCUAUGAAAAGGGAGUACUUGUGUGGAGGGGGUGGGGUAAGGAAGGCGAAGUGCGAUGAUGCUAACCCGUGCUAAUGUGUUUGUGCUCAACUGUUGUGUUUUGCUGCCACGUUGUAAAUAAAAGCUUGCCUGACGUGAGAGGAAAGAUUCCUUCCUUCCUGAAGACCUCGACACUUUAUUCUCAUCAUUUUGCGACUUUAUUCUGGUAAAUUUACCACUUUUAUUCUCCAAAAUUUUUUUCAGAAAUUAGCUUU